CGGUCAAUUGCAUCUGCAACUUGUCAAACUUUACGAAACCUACAAAUACCAUACACCUACCUCUCAGGCGACAGCACUUGUAAUCCCUGUCUACUGCUGCAUCGUCAUGCUUUUUGAGUCCUGACGUCGUAUACCGAACCAUAUUAUAUUUUCGCGCGAAAGUCGUCACAAUUUACUCGUUGCGAAGAGCUUUUCAACAACAUCUACACCCGAAACUUCGGCUCCUCAACAACAACUUCCAGCGGGUGGCUCAUAAACACAUUUGGCCCAUCAUGACUACUCCUGCUAUUCGAAUUGACGGCAUCGUCAACCCCGCCACUCAACCCCAACACGAACUCAUCAUGGCCGAGGGCGCUCCCUCAAUUGCACCCUCGCUGACAUACUCGGACGAUUCCGACUCCCAAGAAGAUGAGCCAGUCAUCCCUCUCGAGCGCCGCCGUCGUGCAUCUACACGCCUGAUUGCCCAGAAUGCCCGAGACAUUCAGCGAAUCACUGGUGAGACACCAGCCGAGUACAUGGGUCGAUGCUGUGGUGGUGCUUGCUGUAUGAGCGACCGAAACAACGUUGAGUACGAGGAGGUUCCCUUGCCCGACAACGAUGCUUUCAAGUCACUCGGACUUCGACUCGAGAAGAUUCCUGCCGACCUGACUGGCAUCAUCCCUUUGCCCGAGCAAACUGUCUUUUUCACCUCAAUUCCUCGGCCGACUUCUUCUCCUUCUGACUCGGCUGUCUCACUUGACUCCGAUUCUGAGUCCUCCCCUUUGUCCACUUCCUCCAAGAACAACUAUUUGGUUCCUGGGCCUGGAUAUGAGGGUGUCGACACCACCAUUCAACCCCCUCGAUUCGUCCAGCCUCAUCCUCCCCACAACGUGUACCCGGCCAAGAUCCACAACACCCGUGAGCUCACCAAGCCUGGUGCUGAGAAGCGAACUUUCCACUUCGAUCUUGAUAUCACCGACUAUCCUCCUGAGGAAGUUUUUGACUUCAAGGUUGGUGGUGCCAUUGGUGUUAUGGCCCCCAAUGACGAGAUUUCGGUGGAUGAGAUUCUUGAUGCUCUCAUGAUCCCACGCUUCCAGCGCGACAAGCCUGUUCUCAUGAAGACCACAAAGGGUCGCUGGCCUACUGUCUGGGGUGAUGAGAAGGCUCGCGAGCUCGUCACUACACGCCGUGAGCUUCUUACAUGGACUACCGAUAUUCAGUCUUAUGCUCCCACUAAGGAGCUGCUCCGUGUCAUUGCGGAGCAUGCUACCGCUCCUAAUGAGAAGAAGAUCCUCGAGUAUCUCUGCUCUAAUGAAGGUGCCAGCAUCUUCUCCGACUUCCGUGGUGGCCCCCACACCACCCUCUCUCAAAUCCUUAACGCGUUCCCUAGCUCUCACCCUCCUAUGGAUCAACUUCUCUCCGUCCAGGCUCAGCUCAUGCCACGAUUUUACUCUCUCUCCAACGACCCUACCGAAUCAUACACCCUCCGAGAACAUGCUCAGCGCCGCUUGAUCGAGAUUGCUGUCACGGUUCAUGACUCCAUGGAUUGGCGACGUGGUUGCCGUGCCGGUGUUGGAUCUGGAUUCUUUGAGCGACAGGCUCACAAGUUCAUGAGAGCCCAAGCUGCUGGUGAACGCUCUCCUCAAAUAUUCAUCCCAAUGUUCAAGGGUUUGAUGGCCAAUCCUCUGGCUAAGCAAUUCAACUCAGAUGGUCCCAUGCUUUUGAUCGGUGCUGGUGUUGGUAUUGCCCCAUUCCGUGGCUUCGUUCAGCGCCGUCUCAAGCAGGCCAACUGUGCCAACAAGGUUUGGGUCCUUCAAGGCAUCCGAGAUUCAUUGGUGGAUGAGAUCUACAGUGGUGAGUGGGGCGUUCAUGAGGAGGAGGUGAAGCGUGUCGUUCAGAGCCGAGUUGGCACUGGCAAGUACGUACAAGAAGAGGUUAUGAACCAGUCUGACCUUGUCUGGUACAUCAUCAACUCUUUGGACGGCCGUAUUUUUGUGUGCGGAAGCAGCAAGGGUAUGGGUGAGGGUGUGGAGGAUGCUCUUUGCGACGUCGCUAUGGAAAAGGGCAACCUGGAGCGUGAGGAGGCGCGCAACUUCUGGCAGCUCAAGAAGGAAGAGGGCAAGUACAUCUCCGAGACAUGGUAAAUGUCGAAACAAACGGACCAACAAAAAAGCUUGGAUAUGUUUUUAUUUUCAUGUGAUGGAGAACUGGCGAUGCAAGGGCAUUGUAACAAAACUCGAGAAUGCAGGCCGACACAGUUUAGAAGGCUGCUGCACAAGCGAGAGGGAUAGCAUAUGGCAUUUUCUGAUUCGAGAGGGGAGGAGCAUUGGGCAUAGUAACGGCGUUAUAGGAUUACGGGUUUGGGUGGCUAUCUGCUCUUGCGGAUUGUAUAUUGACUAUUUCCUUUAUGGGAAAUACCCUUAGCGGCAGGAUAAAGAUUAUCAAAGCGCCUGUCUUGCCCUUUUUGAUAUAUGAGAUUUA